GACUUGAUCAGCAGUGGGUGUAAAAGGAAACCGGUCUCGCUCCUGGCUGGAGAUGACUCGGUCGAAUAGGCGUGGUCUGCGAGGGAGGACCGCACCUCCGAGGCUCCGCCAAUCCGAGAGGAAGCCGGCUUCCCCCCUGAAACCAGAUGGCCGUGGCUAUAUAGCUUGAGGAGGCAGCUGAUGCAACACUGGUCCGAGAUAACACAAGCAUCAAGCCAAAGCUGAAGACAAGAGGAUCAGCUCAGAAGAGGAAGACACAUCUUAGUCCUCAACGAGAGAUUAACACAGGACUGUCUGCUGCUCUUAUUCCUAAAGAAAAACGCCGGUGAGUAAACUGCUUCCGUCUGAUUUCCUGGUUUAAUUCAUUCGGAUUAAAAGAAUAAAUGGGUUUUUAAUUAAUCUGUAAUCCAAUACAUCAACAUAGAUGAGGUUAAAUGAUUGUAAUGCGAACAAGUGCUUUAAUUCAAAUGUAUUUGUGUCAUUGAAUUACCAUGUGCUCUCUGUAGUAGCCUACAAUUUACCAGCGCUUGAGCUCAUGUUAAACCGCAUGUAGUCUAUCUGUGAAGUUAGGACCGCUUCCGUCUUUCUUCCUUCCUCUUUUAUCGGUGAAAUUAGUCUGCCAGAGCGGCUGUUACGCUUCAGUUUCGGGCUCUUUGCCAGGGUAACUUCACUCAAUCUCACUGGCCAAGUUUCAUUUGUCUGCCUGGCUGACUGAAUCUCAAAGACCCCUCAAUUAAAAAAAAUCAUAUUUAGUCUCAGCAGGAUGUUGGCUAUAAUGAGUCAUUCUGAAAAUGUGUCAAGCUCCUCAGCUGCUCAUUGGCUAGCGGUUGUGCGUGGAGACGCUGCCGCGCUAAAUGGAGACCAGCGGCACUUGAGCUAACGACAGGUCUUAAAGAUGCACCAUGACGCGCAGCGCUGGGUCCAAAAAGGAUAUGGGGGGUGAAGGGGAGGGGAGGGGGAACUUUCCCUGUUACACAACUUGCUUACACUUUGUGCACAUGAAACGUGUUGGCACAACAACAGUAGAGGACUGCACAUGUUGAAGGGGGGAGCAGAAGGUCAUGAAGCGAGUGCAAGAGCUUGCUGACCUCCACGCGCAAAAUAGUGCACGACCUGAACUUUUGGUUAUUAAUCAGGCGUUCAACGACAUUAAAUUAAUUUUUUAAGUGUUUUAAUGUCAAUUGUCUUUGCUGGUAACAAUUUAUUUGAAUGUGUUCAAGACUAAGGUUAGAGUAUUUUUUUUACAAAGAAGUUCCAAAAAUACUCUUAAACCGAUCAGGAUGAUUGUGGCCCCGGUCUUGGCACUGUUUUUUCCUCCUACUGUACGCCCUCUCUUCCUGAUUGGCUCUUGGUGAAGGCAGGGCAGUAUAAAUACCUUCAAGUUACUCUCCUCCUUCCUUUUUUGGGAAGAUCGCUUCGCUGUUGGUAAGUGCAAAUACUUUUGAAAGUGAUGCCUUGUGCAAAAUGUGGAGAGGGCUCAGCCAUGAACCGAGACUUUCUACGCACGCAGGCCGUUUCCAUUCAACUCAACUCGCUGAGCUGUUAGGCACUUAAGGUGAUUUUACGCGUGAGAGCUGCUUUGACCGUGUUGACUUUGGCAUCUGUCGUGUUUAUUUACGUCUCAUCAAUGAAAUGCACGUUCAGAUUUAAAGGACACACUUGAAAUAAUGUCGCGCUUAGUUAGUUAAAGUUACCUAACUCAGUGAACUCGUUGGACUGCUGGCGUUGCUAUGCGCUUGGCUGCUCUGUUGCGCCUUUUUGGAAACAAUAGCCUAUCAUUUGCAUUUGAGUGUAGCUGAUAUCUCCACCCUGCUGGCAUAAGUCUCCCCCAUCUCAGUUUUUCUUGUUUCUUUUUUGGGAGAAGUGCCUUUGCAGCAAGUUUUCACCGUGUUUCUUGCAAAUAUUUUUGACUGGGCUCUUAAACGAACAUCUCCCUCAGUACAAGUUUUGGCUAGACCUCUGAAUCUGUCUGUCCCUGGGCGCCUGCAGUCUGGAGAGGAGCCCAAACCUCUUGACACAGAAUUUCAUGAGCUAGCCAAAAAAAAAAAAAAAAAAAAGAGCCGAAAGAGGCCACCAGUUGAUGGCCGUCUGAGACACCAAAAUUCUUUUGGCUCAUUAUCUCUCUCAAAGUUAAUUACACUACCGAGGCUUCAAAAAUGAGGAGAAUUUUUCUGCUCCUUUAUUCUCCCUCAAGCAAAAUUUUGCAACUGUAAGGUGAAUAUUUAUGCAAAAGUCUCGACACAUUCCUCUUCCUCUUCACAGGUACCAGCAUGCCUGUCAUCAGAAGCCUCAGCAAGGUGGCCCAGCAGGCCCUGCUCAGCAGCCCGGGGUGCGGGUGCCAGCCCCUUACAGUGGCUGUGCGCAACAUCAGCUUCUCCCCUCGCCAGGUGACGUCUGAUGCCAGCUUCCACUCUGUGUCCUUCUCUGAAACAGACCACCCCAAGGUGCUCAUUACAGGUAUGCAGCUUUUUAUUCGUUCAUUUGAACAGCAGCGUUAACUUUAUUUUCAUCUUACUGGGGAAAUGGGUUGAGUUGCAGCACUUUCAACAAGUUAAGCAAAGAUGAUGGUGAACAACAGAGCGUAGGUGGUCAAUGUUCUGACCUUUUUUCUUAUGGCCCACUCUUCUUCUUAGCUAUCUUAGUCUCCAUGGAAACCAGCACGGAUGAUUAGUAUGCCCUGCUGAUUUAAUGCAUGCAGCAUCCUCUGACAUCCUCUCAUUUUGUCUCCUGUAUGAUGUAGGUGGCCUGGGUCAGCUUGGAGUUGGACUUGCAAAAUUGUUGAGGUAAGAUUUCAAAAUUUUCACCUCAUUUCCUCUGCAUGGUUUCUGUGUUGAAAGUUGCACUCUCAUUCAGAGUUGUGAAACAUUGACUUCCUGCUUUACAGGAAGAGGUUUGGAAAGAAUAACGUCAUCCUGUCCGACAUCAGAAAACCUCCAAGCAACGUUUUCCACAGUGGUGAGUCAACUCAGAUGCUCUGACAUGUUAGAAGGGAGCUCAGAUUGAGACAACGUGGCAGUCUCUAGUGUGGGAAGAUGUAGAAGUGGAUAAAACUGCAGUCCCUGAAGUGUGAGGAUAAAGCUGUUAAGAAAUCUGCAUUAGGCCUUUUUUAACCUAACAGCAAUAAUUAAUGUGUUUGGGAAAAAAAGUUUGGUCCAUAUAGCUCAUCCUCUUUGGUUUUGAUUACAUGACAGUGAAAAGUUUGCCAAAUUGGGGGUGUGGUGAGUUGACAGUAAUGUGGGUGUGUUUGCCAGGAGGCUUAAAGCCUCCCUUUGCUCCACCUUUUUGCCUCUGGCUAAGUUGCUGUUAUCUUUUGACUUUGUUACGCCUUCUCUAGAAACCAAUGGGUGACAUUAUUUAGACUUCAGCUUUGAUUUACACAAUCAUUGAUCCAGACCAGCUCAAGACUUAUUAAGCGAGUGAUGAUUGCUUUGUGGCUCACAUUUAAUUUGUCUUAUUUAAUCCAGUAAUCAUAACAUGGUCAAAACCAGUAAAAGGAUGAGUUCAAAUAGGGAGCCAUGUAUUGACGUAUAAUUGUCGUCAUAUUUGUCCAGACUGAGUUUCAUAACAUCAAAAAUGUUGAUUCAUCUGGUGAUCGUAGCAAUGACUAACAAGUAACCUGCAACAACAGGUGGCUUGUUACUUGACUGCCAAAAACGGCCUGUCCAACAAGUCUGUUUGUGAAAUUGAUUUUUUGUUCCUCACGAUCAAUAGAAAGUCACACUUUUACGCAAAAGGGAUGUUUGUCAAUGACCCACAAUCAAUAUUUGACACAUGGGGACUUUGUCCAGAGCUGUGAUGAAUGCAGCUCUUACUGUCUCUGACCUGUCAACAGUAAUAAACUGACCCUUUAAACCAAGGACAUGCUAAGGAUGAACAGGAAAAACACAAAUCAGGAGCUGGAGAGAGAGCAAAGAGACAGAGCAGGAUAGACAAGCACUUACCAAAGUGAUAAAAAGCUCCUCCACAAAGUCUUCAAUCCAUUUUUUUUUCUUCCAGGCCCUUUCAUCUACUCAGACAUCCUGGACUACAAGAACCUGCGGGAAAUCGUUGUGAACAACCGCAUCACUUGGCUGGUUCACUACAGCGCCCUCCUCAGCGCUGUUGGAGAGGCUAACGUAGCCCUGGCUCGUUCUGUUAACAUCACCGGUAAGUAACUCGAUCUCAAUCUUCAGUGUCCAAUCAGGACAGUGACAAGAAUGUGGCGUCUCAACAUUGUGGGUUUGUUUUUUGUUUUUUUAGGCCUUCACAACAUCUUGGACAUCGCAGCUGAGCACGGCCUGCGUCUGUUUGUCCCCAGCACCAUCGGCGCCUUUGGGCCGACUUCUCCCCGCAACCCAACACCAGAUCUGUGCGUACAGAGACCUCGCACCAUCUAUGGCGUCUCCAAAGUGCACGCUGAACUCAUGGGAGAGGUAAACUCUAUUUUGCCUGAACCAUGCACUCUUUUUACUCUGAUCCUUGUAUCUUCUCAAAGCAUGACUUGAAACUAAACUUUGUUUUUGUUCCUACUCAGUACUACCACCAUCGUUACGGCCUGGACUUCCGCUGUCUCCGCUACCCAGGAAUCAUCUCUGCUGACUCCAUGCCCGGAGGUGGCACGACAGGUGAGAGGGAUGAAAUUGAAACUGUAUACAUGGUCUCAGUUUAAAUGGUCUAUUCCUGCACUGAAGCAGUAAUGUCACAACUACUUGCAUAACUGACUUAUCUAACAGAGGUGAUAUGACUUGGCUUUAUUUUUAGGCUGACUGAUAGCUUGGUGUGCCAUCUCUAUAUUUUCACAUGUCUGAACAGUUCCAACACCUGAAACUGUUAUCAGUGUUUUGUAAUAGUUUGAAUAUUAUUUCAGAAGCCAUAACUUCUGCAUUUAUGCACCUGAACUAGAUUCUUCAUAAUGAAUCAGCAGUUUCUUUAGGAUCAUUUCUUCAUUAUGUUUUUUUUUUGUUUGUUUCCAACCAGACUAUGCCGUCCAGAUUUUCCAUGAUGCACUCAAAACAGGCAAGUUUGAAUGCAACUUGAGACCCGACACGCGGCUGCCCAUGAUGUACAUCGACGACUGUCUGCGCGCUACACUGGAAGUGAUGGAGGCUCCUGCUGACUCACUGAGCAUGAGGACCUACAACAUCAAUGCCAUGAGCUUCACCCCUGAGGAGCUGGCACAAGAACUGCAGAAACAGAUGCCUGAGCUGGAGGUCACAUAUGACAUUGACCACGUACGACAGGCUAUCGGUAAGUCCGAAUUUAAAGCUCUUGUGAGGGCUUUAAGGAGUUCAAGAAAUGAGCCAAAAUUAAUGAUGAUGCAUCUUUGUGUACUGUAAAAGCAAACUAGACCAUAAGCAAAACUAUUUAGCUACUCAUUCAAAAUAAAAGUAUCUAGUUUUAUUUGGUCAAGAAUGGCCUUCAUGAACUUUAAGACCAAAUAAAGUUAUAGUGUGUCAAAGUGUGUUAAAUAUUGCGGAAGUAGGUUUACCUUUACCCCCUUCUCUGAAAACUUUUAAGGUCAGGCUUUAAUGUAGAGAGUCUGAUUUAGCUUGUAAAACCAGCCUUGUUAGCCUCCUACGGGGAGCACAAUUAUCAAGAGGGUCUGAAUCAAAACCAGCAUGACUUUAUUUCAACCCUAACCCUGGUCCCUCUUAUCUGUUUCCAGCUGACAGUUGGCCAAUGAACUUCGACGACUCCAACGCCCGGAACGACUGGGGCUGGAAGCACGACUACGACCUGCCAGAGCUCAUCCAGACAAUGCUCAACUUCUUGUGUUCAGAGUCACUAAUGGCUCGCGCUAACUGAGGCUGCACAGCAUCCACAGUGUUGUUUGCUUAGUAUUCUUUGUACAUAAUGUAAAGACUGACCAAAGAGAAUAGAGAAACCUGGUCUGUACAUAGUCGUUCUCUCACUUCUCUGUCGAUUCAGAAGGGCUGUGCUUGCCUGGCACAAGGCUUCCCUGUCUCCAGAAUGUACAAGGUCAGUGCGGGCUAGACAAUCCUCCCGCUCCUGUCCUUCCCCCCCCUGCUUUUCCUUUUAGUUUGGUAAGACUUAUGAAAGGUUGUCAGCAGAAUCAGGUAUUACAACAUGGCCUGUGAGAACUUGUUUAUAUGGAUAUGGAUGACUUGCAUGAUGAACUACGCAAAAUUUUGCAAUGUUUUUUUUUUUUUUUUUGGCAUAAAUUGGCCAACUAAGAAUGUUGCAUUAUGUCACUGAGUGUAUCUACCUUUUUUUCUCUUUGAAGAUCUGGCAAGGUUUUGUUUUUUUAUCAGAAUUUUGGAGGAUUUUCAUGAUUCAGGUUUUCAGGGCCUUAAAAAAAUCUAGGCAAAAAUCAAGUUUCUUUGGCUAGAGGAGUGUUCAAUUACACAUUAUGUGUCCUUUGAUGCACUUUAGACACAUUUUAUCAUGAAAUGAAAAUAAAUGGGCCGAAUCAUCUGCAGGGGCGGUUUCUGAUACAGUAUAUCUGUAUUGUUCGAGCAGCACAGAGCGAUAAUUCAUGAGAAUUGUUCUUCUGUUUAUUCCACGUUUCGUUAUUUAUUCUGUCUGUCGGUGUUAAACAUGUGGGUGCUUCAGCAAGUGAAGGCAUUUCUUAACACUCUUUGUUUUCUAAGUGUUCCUGUCCACUUUGAUGAUAUUUUAUUUGUUUUUCAUCAGUUAUGGGGAGUUUUUGACACAAAGGAAAAUGUGACACUGUAUGCCACACUUCCAUUCGGCCACGUGGUGGUUUCUUUCUGUAUUUCAGCGUUUUGUAAAAGAAAAGCUGGAAGAAGUUUCUAUGUGAAUGUCUUGGCAGGAUCUGUCUGUUCCUUCAAUCACACAAUGAGCUUUGACAAUAAAAGCAGUUUUCCAAAUACCGCUGCAUGUUUUUUUUUUUUUU